AUGAAAAAGCCAGUUUUUAACACUAUCAUGAUUAUGCCCCGACUAAUUUAUUUUUGCAAUCACCACUUUUUACACUUAGGAACAGGGUCAGCUAUUGAUGCUCAACCUCUUGAACAUGAACAAGAUCGUGUAAAUCAAUGCUUUACACUCUUACUCUUUGGAUUACAGAGUGCUAUUUAUUUUGCAAUCUCUACUGAACGUCUUAAGCAAAGAACCAUCAAUCCUUUUCCUUCGAAUCGGAAGUGAUCCACACACUUCGAGAAGGUCUC